AUGUUGAGCUAUUUCGUCUUCCAGCCACCCGGUCCAGGGCACUGGGCCCGGGCAAGUCCGAUAGGGGACAGUUUGUCUGUUGUCAAGAGGGAAGGCAAUGCGAAAAUUUAUUAUUUGUACGUAAAAUACGAUGCGGCCUCUGCUGCCAGUGCAGAAGAUAAGCCUCUGACAAUACUCUACAGCCACGGAAAUGCAGAAGACUUGUAUACAUGCCAUGAGAAAUUGAAGUGGCUGAGCCGAGCGGUGGGCGUUGACGUCGUCGCGUACGACUACUGUGGCUACGGCUCCUCCAAGGCGCCAGAAAAGGGAAAAUGCCCAACAGAACAAACCGUCUAUGACGACGCGGAGGCCAUGUACACUGAAGUCACAAAAACACUGAAGAUCCAACCAGACCGCAUCAUCGUCAUGGGCCGCUCAAUGGGUGGCGGGCCUUCGUGCUACUUGGCGAAGAAGCAUCACAAGGAGAUUGGUGGCCUUGUCCUGCUCUCCACCUUCACUUCUUGUCUGGGGGUGCUUGACUUCCUGUCACCAGUAUUGAGAUGGGUUCAUUUUCCGGACAUGUUUUGUAAUAUCGAAUGUCUUAAAGAGGUCAGCGGCUGCCCUGUGCUCAUUAUGCAUGGGAAGAAGGACAAUGUGGUACCCUUUCGCUGCUCAGUAGCUCUUUUGGAAACAAUAGAGAAGACGAAAAGGGUCCAUGGCAACAACCAGCUCGUGGAAGCAGAGUGGUUUGAGACUGGAACGCAUAACAUUGAGUAUGAAGAACGGGGUGAGCUUGCACGCCGCCUUCAACGCUUUCUCUGCAAAGUCAGGAAUUCAAAGGCAGCCAGAUCUGAGCUGUGA